GCCACUCGCCGCCGCCUCGGGCUCUCGCAACACCAGGAGCCGCGCCUUCCGCGCCGCUGCCGGGACUCCCUCCCCAGGCAGAGACGGGGAGAAUGACGGAGCUCCAGUCCGCCUUGCUAUUGCGGAGACAACUAGCAGAGCUCAACAAAAAUCCAGUGGAAGGCUUUUCAGCAGGCUUAAUAGAUGACAAUGAUCUUUAUCGAUGGGAAGUCCUUAUUAUUGGUCCUCCAGAUACACUCUAUGAAGGUGGUGUGUUCAAGGCUCAUCUUACUUUUCCAAAAGACUACCCACUGAGGCCACCAAAAAUGAAAUUCAUCACAGAAAUCUGGCAUCCGAAUGUUGACAAGAAUGGUGAUGUUUGCAUUUCAAUUCUUCACGAGCCUGGAGAAGACAAAUAUGGGUAUGAAAAACCUGAGGAACGCUGGCUGCCCAUUCACACAGUGGAAACCAUCAUGAUUAGUGUCAUUUCCAUGCUGGCAGAUCCCAAUGGUGAUUCUCCUGCCAAUGUGGAUGCAGCGAAAGAAUGGAGAGAAGACAGAAACGGAGAAUUCAAAAGGAAAGUUGCCCGCUGUGUAAGAAAAAGCCAAGAAACUGCUUUUGAGUGACACUUAUUCAGCAGCUAGUAGCUUCACUUUUUUCAGGGUCUCCAAUUGAGAAACAUGGCACUGUUUUUUUUGUUUUUUUUUUUUUUUUCCUGCACUCUACCCACCUAUUGCUGGACUUCUGUUGUUACAAGUUGGCAAACACUGGCUGGAACUGGGCUGCAAUAAAACAUGCCAGUUAUCAAUGCUGACAAGAGCCUAACAAGUGCCAACACAAGAUGAUUACGCAUUUUGAAAUCUAAUAAAAACUGCUUUAACCUUCAGGAAGAAUUGUAAAGAUGUGUACAUAGCACAACAUGAUCCGGAUAAUAUAUUUACUGUCCAUGUACAUCCACACAUCCACCUGUACCAACCGAUGCUGUCUGUAGGUAGGAAUAGAAUAAUGUGCAUUGGAAAGAUUUUAGCAGGUUUUUCCUUUCCCCUGUUCAUUGUUUCCUAUCAGUUUAAAGCAAAGCAACAACCCAACACAACUUGUGAAGCAUGUUAAACUAUAAACCAAUUAGGAGAAAGGUUUUGGGGUUUGUUUUGCCCUUUUUUUUUUUUUCUUUCCCACCCACCUUAAUUUUCCUUUGACCCACUGAGGCUUAAUUAAAAUCUUUUGCUUAUGAAAGUUCAGUAUCUUUUUGGGGGGUUUGGAAAUGUGCUCCCUUUUACUUCCCUCAGCAGACCUGAAGUUUUCCCCAAUGAAACCCUGACGGGAUUGGCUAUGAAUUCCUUGUCUCUUCUUUUCUGAUGACCUCCAUAGUCUCAAAGGUGCUUUUUCAUUUUUCCUUUCCCACCCUUUUUUAAACCCAAUUGCACAGACUUGUUGAAUUGGGUAUAGCAAUAAUCCUGGCCCUUGAGCAGCCUGUUGGAUUUUUAACUUCCAAGGGACUUGUGCUUUCAUUUGGAAGUUCAGUUGACUAAAGUUAGUCCAAGAUAGUAAUGAGCUGCUUUCUGUGGGUGAAUUUUAAUUUGGUUUUGCCUUUUUCAUUGCCUGUUUGUGAGGUGGGGUGUAUGGGGGGGAGGCUUGAUUUUUAUUUCUCAAGGUUGACUUCAAGCAUGCACAGCUGUAGGCUUUCAAAUGACGAACUUCUGGGUUUGGUAUCAAAAAUAGUUUGCCUCCUUUUUCCCUUUCCUCUCUUCUGUGGCCCUUCAUCUUCUCUGCCUUCUACUUCAGAGUUUCCCUCUCCUAAUGUACAAAGAAAAUGGCGAUGUAUAUUUUCAUGUAAUUUGAUUUUUGGAGUUCUGUCACCUUCUGUAGUGAGUUCUUCCAAAAUAUAAUUUUUUUCCAAUAAUAAUGUGUCAGGCUGGCUGUCUUGAGUAUUGAAAGAGGAAGGGUGACUG